UAACUAUACUAGUACUCCAACGAGUAUUGUACUAAAUUAACUGCUUGCUUCGAGCUGCGAGCGGCUGGACGGGAUCUGGCAGGAUAUAUACGAUCCUUCCCGUCAACGAGCAAGCCGGCCGCUGCAUCUAGCUCGCUCUCUCCUCCUAAUCCCGUUGUGUGAGUUCCUACCUAGCUGUUUCUUCCACCUUCCCCACUUCAGCAGGGUCUUCGAGCGAUCUCAAGGUUACCCACAAGUUGGGACGUCGAAGCUAGUCAAUCUUAGAAGAAAAUAUAGGAUACCAUGGAGAACAAGUUAGAGAAUACAACUGAGACGACAAAGGAGUUUACAUAUCAAUUUUUGGAACGCAUCACAGAUGAUUUCUCAAAGGAGCGCAUAGUUGGUCGUGGUGGGUUUGGAAUAGUUUAUAAGGGAGUGCUCGACAAUGGGGAACAUGUUGCUGUUAAGAAACUUAUCUACCAACCCGGACUUGGCGACGAUCAAUUUAAGAAUGAGCUUGUGAACCUUAUCGGAGUACAACAUCAAAAUAUAGUACAGUUAAUUGGUUACUGCUACGAAACACGUAAGAAACUUUUUCCAUACAAUGGAAAUUUUGUUUUUGCUGAAUGUGUCGAAAGAGCUCUGUGCUUAGAAUACUUACAGGGUGGAAGCCUGGAUGAUCAUCUUUCUGAUGAACCUUGCAGUCUUGAAUGGUCCAUAACUUACGGAAUAGUUAAAGGUAUCUGUGAAGGUUUAAAGCACCUCCAUACGGGCUCCACAAAUCCUAUUUACCAUCUUGAUUUAAAACCAGCAAACAUAUUACUGGAUGAGGAUAUGAUACCCAAGAUUGGAGAUUUUGGUUUGUCGAGACUUCUUGUUUCAACACAAACCUGUGUCACGCAAACAUUUAUAGGAACACGUGGAUACAUGCCACCGGAGUACAUUGAUAAGCAAGAAAUAACACCAAAGUUUGAUGUAUUCAGUUUAGGUGUUAUAAUCCUACAAAUAAUGGCAGGGCGGAGUGGCCACUCUGAGUCUGCACAUAUUCCUUCUGGAGAAUUUAUUGAGUUUGUACAUGAAAACUGGAGAAAAAGGCUGCAAGCAACGAUGUCGGCAGAUAUAUCACAAGAAGUUAAGAUAUGCAUCGAAAUAGCAUUAAAAUGUGUGGAGUCCGAUCGAUUGAAGAGGCCCACUAUAAACCAGAUUGUCGAUGAACUGGAUAAGAUAGAUAAUGCCAAAAGUUCAUCUACCGGGCAGGUCACCGGCUCGCGAAAAAAACGGGAUUUCAACAAACUAUACAAAAGUUCAGAUUCUACUAUGGGCUUCAACGAUGACGAGCCAAUUACUAUUGCUCCUCCAAAUUCAGUGCAGUUGGUGAUGAAGAACAAUAAGGAGGCGCCACUGGAGGAGAACGAUCAGAAGGUGAUGCUGGAGCUCACUGGCGACGACUCCAGCGUUGACCGUCCGGGCCUGGACCUUGUAGCCGUCCUGGACGUGAGUGGCAGCAUGACGGGCCAUAAAAUCCAAGAGAUGAAGACCGCCAUGCAGUUUGUGGUAAGGAAGCUAUGCCCUAUCGACCGCCUGUCCAUCGUCAUCUUCAACAGUGAUGCGACGAGGAUGUGCCCCCUGCGGCGGGUCACGAAGGCCUCACAUGGAGAGCUGCAGGAGAUGGUGGACAGCCUUAUGGCCCGUGGUGGCACAAACAUGGAAGCCGGUCUUAAGACUGGAAUGAAGGUGCUCACCGACCGCAAGGUGAGCGACGGCCGCGUCGUCGGCAUCAUGCUCCUGUCCGACGGCCAGCAGAACUCAAGAACCGACGCUGCUAGGGUCCCUGUUGGCAAUGUGCCCGUUUACACGUUUAGUUUCGGCAAGGACGCGGACUCUUAUGUGCUCAACACGGUGGCGGCCAACAGCAUGGGAGGGAUGUUCUCUUUUGCUCGCGACGGGGAUGGCGUGACCAUAGCCUUCUCCCAGUGCCUCGCCGGCCUGCUUACCGUCGCGGCUCAGGACCUCUAUCUUACGGUCACGGCAUCACGCGUCGGAGACGAGUCGACGACGAUAAAGAAAAUUACCACCGGGAGCUACCUGCAGACGCAGCACUCCGAUGACCCUGGCUCGAUGACCAUCGCCUUCGGCCACCUCUACAACAAGGAAGUGCGCAAGGUCAUCGUCUACCUCUCUCUCCCCGCAGUCGAGAGCGAGCGCAGCGCGGACAUCCUCAAGGUCACAUACUCAUACAACAGAUCUUCCGGGAGGGAGUUUGUUGCGCCUCCUGCGACGCUGACGGUGUUGCGAACUGGCGUGGCGAUUCCGGAGGUGGCGGGGCCGGUCGAGGUGCGGGCCGAAGAGUUCCGUCUGCAGGCAGCGGAACUGAUCAAGGAGGCGAGAAUGUUGGCGGACGCCAUGAAGCUGGUGGAUGCCAGGUACAAGCUAAUGGAUGCCCUCGACCUGGUGGCGGACCAGUCCAACCCGCUUCUCCCGGCCGAGCUGCAGGAGCUCCUCCACCUAAUGGAUAGCCAAGAACUCUACCAUGGGCAUGGACGCGCCUACGCCUUGGCGUCAGAGACUUCGCACGACCGGCAGCGUUUCGCGGCGAGGGGCGGGGACGCCGGGACUAUUCGGCUCUUCGCGACGCCGCGCAUGGACAAGUACCUGAAGCAGGCCAAGAUGUUCGAAAGCGAUCCGGCGUCGCCGGUGACGUCGGCGGACGAUGACGUCAAGGAGGAGAUUGCACUUACUAUUAAUCUUCGCCUAUGCAGCCACUGCAAUGAAGAGGAGAUGCGGAGGUUAAGCUUGGACACGGAGAGCUAAUUGUGCAUCAUUCACGACGUGCUAAGUUAAGCUCCUCGUGUACCUGCUACAUGGUAGUGGAGCGCCAGCCUCCUCUGCUUCAGCCUGUUUCGUUCCGAUCUCCCUCAUCAAUCGCCUGGCUUAUCUGCCAUUUGAGACAUGAACACAUUCUUAUUCCAGUUCAGUUGCAAUUUAAUUGGGUCCUUGUUCA